AUGGCGCAGUUGCCGAAGAAACAGUAUGGGUUAAUCAUAAAGAAGAACGAGCCGAAUCUGUUAGCAGUUAAAUCAGCUGCAGCCGUUGCAUUUGCAAAUUCAGAUGAAGAUGAUGAUAACACCAUCGAUACUAAUAUAAUGAAAUCAAAAAGCGAAAGUGCCUCAAUAAUGCGCGUUCGUAUGCAAGCCAAACGUGAACACGAAAGGGCAUUGGCUCAAGACCCGUCAAUAUUCGAUUAUGAUGCCGUUUAUGAGGACCUUCAAGCGAGUAAAAAUCAAAAGUUAUUGGAACAAAAAACGGCUGAUAGAGAACGAAAAUCGAAAUAUGCAGAGCAAAUAUUAAAAGCACAUAAACGACGUCUUUUGGAGCAACAAGGUAGAGAAGAAAGAAAACAGUUGAAAGAACGUGAGGCUGAGAAUGGUGAAUUCGAGGAUAAAGAGGUGUUUGUCACGGGAGCGUAUCGAAAACAAAUGGAGGAAAUGCAAAAAUUCCGUGAACAAGAGGCCGUUGAGAAUCGUUUGGACGAGUUAACGGCCGUCGAGAAGCAAAAAGAGGGCAUGUGGCAGGGCGGAUUCUACCGAUCCCUUCUAAAUGAUCUCUCUCGUAAAGACGACCAAACCUCAUCAUCUGAUCGAAAUAGUCAGAAUCAGUUCAAAGAGGAGGUAACGGAUGAGAAUGAUGUUGAAAUGAAUGAAGCAAAGGACGAACUUGAAAAAGCGUGUUCGUCGAAAUGCGCAUCGCUGCAAUCGAAGCAGCAAAAAGUGAAAUUUUCUGAAAAAGUGAAAUCGUUGCGAAGAAGAGAGAGCAGUUCAUCAGGCGAUGGUGACGAUUCAUCGUUAAAAACGCCGAAAGAUCGCUCUUCAGACUCCGAGCAACGCAGAAAAAUGAUUGAAUCUGCAAAAAAAUUGAAGAAGAAAUCGAUAUAUUCAUCAGACGACGAGUCUGAAUCAGACAGCAACGCACCUUUGUCGCCACUCACCAACGAAGGACCAAUACUAAAACCUGGAUUGAAUAUUUUGCCAAAAGCAACUAAAAAGCCAACAAAAGCUCAACAAUUGCAACGUCGAUUCACACCGUCACCAACAGGAAGUGGCAAUAAUGAUAGCAGUGGUGAUGAACGUGAUAUAACUGAUUCGCGAGAGAGGAGAAGAACGAGGGCAGUGGAGCAAGACAGAGGAACAAGGAAUGGACGCUCGAGAAAAUAUCGGCGAGAGCGUUCGAAAUCGUCGUCUGUGUCACCGUCAGGAAAACGUCAUAAAAAACGAGAUGGACAUCGCAAUCAUGAUCGUCGUGAACGACGUCAUCGUUCUGAUCGGCCUGAACAUGGAGAGGAAUGGGCACCGAGGGAUAAACGAAGCAGAAAGCGACCAGGGGAUGAUGAGAAGAAAAAGAUUGGAAAAGAUGAGGUAGAAGUAAAAGGUGGUAAGGCUAAGAAUGAACGAGCUGAAAAGGACACAAAGAAACCGAUCACGAAACAAGAGAGAUUGCAAAGGCUGAAAGAAGUACUGAAGCAACGUAAUAGUGACAAAGAGAUCGCCGAAUUUCGGCAGCGUUACUUGGAGCGCAAACAAAAUGUUGUUGUUACGAUACCGGUUUGA